AUGUCCCUGGCGGAACGGCGGCGGCGGGAGGAGGAGGAGGAAGAGGAGGGGGAAAGGGAAGCAGGGGAUGGGGCCGGUGCGGGGGAGGAGGUGGUGCAGAUCCGGCUGGGGGACAAGCGCUACCCGGUGUGCAAGAGGAAGCUGAUCGAGCAGAGUGACUAUUUCCGAGCGCUCUACCGCUCGGGAAUGCGGGAGGCAGGGCAGGGGCAGGAGGAGCAGCUGCUGCGCGGGGGGCUGAGCGCCCUGGGGCUGGAGCUGGUGCUGGACUUCAUCAACACGUCCUGCCUGGCCAGGCUGGAGCAGGAGGAGGGCGGCGAUGAGGAGCCCCCUUUGCUGGAGGAGCUGGUGGAGGCCGCUUCCUACCUGCAGGUCACGCCCCUGCUCCGCCUGCUCCUGUCCCAGGUGAGGUUGGGCAACUGCUUCGAGCUGCACCGCCUGGCGCAGGUCUACGGCCUCCAGGACUUGCACGACGCCUGUCUAGACUUCAUGGCCGCCCAUUACCAUCAGGUGCUGCGGAGGCCCGAUGCCCGGCCACAUCUGCUCCUGCCCCACGCUCUCCAGCAGCAGCUGAAGGAGAGGCGGAUGAGGGGCACCGCCACCCUCGUGGUCAUCGGGGACUUCAUGAGCACCUCGUCCCCGGGCCUGCCCCCAGGCUGUCACCCUCAGGUGGAACCCCCGUGGUCUAUGCUGAGGUAUGACGAGGAGGCGCAGCGGUGGCUGCCCCUGGCCAACAACCUGCCCCCUGAUCUGGUGAGUGUCCGAGGCUACGGGUCGGCGAUGCUGGACAAUUACCUGUUCAUCGUCGGGGGUUACAGGAUCACCAGCCAGGAGAUUUCGGCUGCCCAUUGUUACAACCCUUGCCUAAACGAAUGGACUCAGCUGGCUUCAAUGAACCAGAAGAGAUCCAAUUUUAAGCUUCUGGCUGUGAAUGGAAAGCUCUAUGCCAUCGGUGGUCAGUCCCUUUCCAACGUGGAGUGCUACAACCCGGAAAACGACUGGUGGAAUUUCGUGGCGUCCAUGCCAAACCCUCUUGUAGAAUUCUCAGCUUGUGAAUGCAAGGGCAAGAUCUACGUUAUCGGAGGAUACACUACACGAGACAGGAAUAUGAACAUUUUGCAGUACUGUCCCACUUCUGAUUCCUGGACCAACUUUGAACUCUGUGAUGUCCAUGUUCGCAAGCAGCAGAUGCUCUCUGUUGAAGAAACUAUAUAUCUGGUAGGGGGUUGUAUUCUUGAACUUGGACCAAACCAGAGAUCCAGCCAAAGUGAGGACGUGUUGACUGUGCAGUCUUACAACAUUGCUACCAAAGAAUGGCUCUACCUCAAUGAGAACUCAUCAAAAUCGGGUCUUAACUUGACUUGCACUCUCCACAAUGAUGGAGUCUACAUAUUGAAUAGGAAUAUCACUCUAUCUACGGGCUUGGAGCACCGUGCUUUUCUGAAGUAUAAUAUAUUUACGGACAGUUGGGAGUCGCUAGGACGCUUUCCAGCCUUUGGACAAAACAUACUGAUUUGUUCUAUGUAUUUGCCUGAUAGGAGAGAAGUGUAACAACAUCAGGUUUUUCUUUUCAGUUCAUUAAUCAUUCUUUGAAGAAAUAUUAUUCCCCCUGAAUAAUUCCAUUUUCAGAGUGCAAUGUGGUUGCAUAAUGUAGGCAUAAAAUACCGAUUCUGUUCUUCAGAAAGGUUGCACAAUUAGAUAUUGAGAGAAAUGCUUCUGGAAACAGUUUCAAGAUUUCAGUUUAAAAGUUUUACUGGUUUGGAUUAAAAUUUCACCAGGUAUUAUUUACAAUUUAAACAUAAAAUUAUUGUGUUGGUAGCUGAUACCAGAAUUCCAAAGGCAAAACCAAUCAGUCUAGUUUUAGUCUCCAUCUUAAUAGACAGUGCAGAACAUGAGCAAGAAGUGUAUAUUUUAAAAGUGGAAAUAAUUCAAUAAAGUAAAUAAUAAGUAUAA